GAGAGAGAGAGAGAGAGAGAGAGAGAGAGAGAGCGAGCCGCAGCUCGGAAAUAACUAAGGAAAUCGCAUUCGCUGGUUCGGGGCAGAUUCACCGUAGAAAACAGAUCAUCGGGGAUGGGUGUUUCCAGGUAAGGGACGCCGCAGCACUCCCGCAGAGGAAAGCGACGGGCUCGCUCCAGAUGGAGUACAGGGAUGAGGGAUCAAACCGAGCCGCUGUACCGGGGAAUCUCUGCCAGCCACAGCGCAACCACUCUCCGCCGGUGCCUCUCCUCUCGCCUUGCAGCAGCGGCUUGCAAGGAGUCGUGGACUCGGAAGGGCGUGUGGACGAGUCAAGGCUGAGAGCGUACAUCUUCAAACAGGGUGGCUUGCUGCCCGGGGAUCGGAGGCUGGUGUGGGGGUUCCUGUUCGGGAUGUACCCCUGCAGCUCGACAGCGCUGGAGCGGGCGGCCCUGGCCGAGGAGCUGGGCAUCCGCUACCAGACCAUGAAGAGGAAGUGGCAGAGGGAGCUGCCCGGGGCGGUGCGCAUGCGUCUCAACGGGACAGACGCCGAGCUGAUCGCUGCUGUGAAGCACUUCGAGCGGAGCCGACUCACGGCCGAGGAUUCAGUAGCAGAGGAAAGCGAGGAGGCGAGGGAGAAGGAGGCCUUCCUCAAACUGCAGGCUCGGGUUCUCAUUGACCGGGUGCAGCUGGACAUCGAGGAGCUGCAGGAAGCCGUCCGGAUCAUAGACAAGGACGUGCCCAGGACUGAGAGGGACCUGGACUACUUCCUGGGCGAGGGUUCUGCUAACCUGCUGGUGCUGAGGGAGAUUCUGAUCACCUUCGCCGCGUUCCACCCAGAUGUGAGCUACGCUCAGGGCAUGAAUGAACUCUGCAGUCGCUUCCUGGAGGUGCUGGACUCUGAGAGGGACUCUUACUGGUGCUUCUCCUCCUACAUGGAGAAGAUCGCAGACGACUUCAAAGCCGACGGGCUGCGCAGGAAAAUCGAGCUGGAGGUGAAGCUGCUGCAGGAGCUGGAUCCCGAGCUUCACGCUCACCUAGGGAAAGAGGAUCUGGGCAGCCUGACGUUCUGCCACAGGUGGCUCCUUCUGGGGUUCCAGAGGGAGUUCCAGCACAGCGACGCCCUGCGGCUCUUUGAGAUCCUGAGCAGCAACCAUCUGGAGCUGAACGAGAUGCGGGACCAGGAGAGACUGAGGAGGGGAGGGGAGGGGAGGACGGAGCCGCCCCCCUCUGUGAACCCUGACUUCACCUUUGAGCUGUUCCUGUGCGCCGCCGUCCUGCUGGAGCACCGAGCCACGCUGCUGAGCUGCGCCAGCGAGGUUCAGCUCAUCCAGUUCACUAACAGUUUGCAAGGUAAGCUUGAUCUGAACGCCACACUGCAGAAAGCGGAAGAGCUUUUUAUGAAGUACUGCAAGAAGUCUGUGCUGGACUGUUUCAAGAACCACUGCCUGCAGCCUGAAGACAAGGAGCCCUUCAGCUUCCCGCUGCGAAGCUUCUUCUCCUGAGCAGCAGAGAGGAGAGACACACACCCCAAACCCCAAACCCCGAACUCUGAACCCCAGACCCCAGUCCCCAGUAAUAAGAGAAGAGGCUGGCGUCCGGACCGCUCACAAUGAA